CCCCCUUUUCUGCCUCCUCCGUCUGUGUCGUCCCGGCCGCCUUGGCUCCGCCGUGCCUCGUCUGUCUCUGCCUCUGCUUCCUCCGUCGUCAUCGUGUUGGCUCCUCUUCGAAGCUCUGAUCUCUCUCGCCGGUUGCCUGCUCUGCAACAGCCCCAAGUUGGAAAACCGUCCCUGAAUUUGUUUCUGACUUUCUGCUUUUGCAGUGUAGUGUAGGCUUGUAUAUUAAAGUUGGAGAAACUGAGAUAGAUAAUAGAGCAGAAGACAUACACUAUAAAAUUUAUCUCCUAGCUUGAUAAUCAAAUGAUGAAGGGUCUUUCUUCUGGUGUUGUGUAGCACUCUUUAAUUUCCUCAGUGGAUUAAUCACUUUGCAAUAGUUUGAUUUCGAGUUAGGGUUUAGGGUUUAUGGAUUGGAGUUUUGUGCAUAAAACGUGGGAUAAGUGGGCUUCCUCUAACGUUGGUCAUUCUGGUCACCCUUUGAAAGCUGCUUUGUUGAUUAAUUAUGACCCAACUGGACCCUCUCGCUUGUUAUCUACCAUUGCUGAACAGGAAGGAAUCAAAGCCAAUCCCAUGGAAUUGACUCACUUUCUAGACUUCAUCAAGCGCAAUCAACUCCAAUCAGAAACCUUCAUUAUUGCCUCCAAUGAGUACUUGGUGACCUCAAUUCACGAGAAUUGGUUUAGUGGAAGGUGCAUAAACACAUCAAAGCCUGCUGGUGAAGGUGCAAUUGUUAUUCAAACGGCAGCAUAUAUCUUAGUUGCUUUGUAUGAAGGGUCCAUUGGUCCGGCAUCUCGUGCUAUGGCGGCUGCUGAUCAGUUAACUUGGCAAUUAGGACGGAAAAAUCUUUAGAUGUGAAGUUGCACAUCCACAUUUGUUUGUAUCUGUUAGGAAGAGAGCAAAUUAUCAGAAUAUUUAUGCCCCUUUCUUGGGCUUGCUCAAAUGAGAAAAUGUUAAUCACACAUUAAGUACUGAUUUUAUUGUACCAUAGAAAACCUACCAAUUUUGUGUAAGAUAAUAUAAGUAAGAUUUUUUGGCUGAUAAGCUAAUCUAAGCUUGUUUCAGCAGUGUCAUGCAGAA